GUUGUUACCAGCUUCUUCUCAGAGCCCCCAGUCUCGAGCCGUAUCGUAAGCUGCAGACAUCGUCAGGUACGAAUCGCAUCAGACACGCAGACAGCAAAAUACUGUUUCCAUCAGACACCCAGAAUACCCAUCAGACACACAGGUACCUGUUGGAAAUCCCAUCAGACACCGGACCCAGACAUCACCACCAUGACCUCCCCCAGGAAGGUGGCCCUCCGCUACCUCGAGUCCCUUGGUGACGACUCCCCCGUCCGCAUGCCCCUACAACCCACCCAGAAGUUCAACUCGCCCGCCAGGCCCAAGGACGAAGAUUUGGAUGCUCUCGCCAAACAACUCAACAUCACGCCCAGUGGUGUCAGUCCCUCCAAAACGGCGCUUCUCCGGACUCGUUUCGAGUCGCCAUCCGUCACUGUGUCGUCCUUCAAGACUCCGCUGAACAAGUCAUCCCUGACGUCCAGCAGCAGGACUGGAUCCCCCAUCAAAAAAGGCAGUCAUGGCAGCAACGCCACCGAACGCCGUGCUCUAGUCGAAAACAAGCCCGAUUUGCACACCAACGAAGGUGCCGAGGACUCUGAGCUGCCCAGCUGGGCCAAAAAGAACUACAAGGACGUUCUUACCCGUCUGCCUGCCAGAAACACGCCAACUGCUCCCAGAAACACGUCUCUUCACCAUGAUACCCCCACCACAAUUGCUCCCUUAAAGCAGCAAAUGAGCACUCCGGCUCCAGCACCCAAGGCCAGGCCGUUUCUCCAGUCUCCCAGCAACAGCACGGCACGGGACUCGCCUGGCUACGAGUACCUCUGUCGGAUCCAGGCCAUCAAGCAAUGGUUGGAACAGGUAUUGGACGAGCCAAUUGCCCAGGAACCGGUCCAGUUGAUCGCCUACAUCCGGAACGGGAUCCAUCUCGCCAAGCUCGCCAACGUCAUCCUUCCCUCCAAGCGCAAUGUGUUCACCAACGACUCAAAGCUCCAGUUCAGACACACUGAGAACAUCAACCGGUUCUUCGGGUUGUUGGACUACAUGAACGUGCCAGACUUGUUCCGGUUCGAGUUGACGGACCUUUAUGACGCCAAAAACGUGCCCAAGGUGUGGUUCUGCUUACACGCCAUGAGCUACAUGCUCAACAAGUCGGACCAAGGCUAUCCACGGAUCCAGAACUUGGUCGACCAGGUCGACUUCGACGACGACGACAUCAGACAGGCCAACAGGGCGUUGGUGGGCUCAGGGUUGCCCAAUUUUGCUAGUGCAGACACUGGCGAUGCCUCCCAGCCUGACAACUCCUACAUGGCCAAAAUGACGGAGUCGCCCACCAGAGCCAUCCCUCGUCCCGUGGAAAAGGCAUCAAGACUGGUGGAGAUCCAGGUCAGCGUCCGUCAGCCAUCGCCACCACCAUCGUUCCCUAAGAAAUUUGUUUCCAGUGCCAUUCAGACCGACGAGAUCAACCCUUUCCGUGUGGACCUCAAUGCUGCCUCCACCAGCAACAGCGUGGGCACCAGUACGUUCUCGUCCAGAUUGCACGAGUACCAGGCGGCUCCACUGUACACGUUCGACGAAGAACCGGUCCAGCUGCGCCAGAAGGCCCCCAAACCCAUUGUCAAUCUUGCGGAAAUCGAUACCAAUACCGCCAAUAUCAUCAAGCUCCAGUCUUUGGCCCGUGGAGCCAACUUCAGGUACAAGAUGUUUGUUGACAAGAUCAUGCUUAAGUCGUUUUCUGACGAGUUGUCGUACCUUCUCUGCAUCAUCCGAGGCAACUUGUCCAGAAGCAGAACCAUCCACAGGCAUAGGGACGAGUUGCUCUACUACAAGACUGAGGUCGUGGAGUUACAAGCCAUGAUCAGGUCGAAAUUGGCCCGCAACAGACGAAACGUCGAUUUUGGUGACUCCCACAACGACAUCCAAAACUUACAGAGUAUCGCCAGAGGCCAUGUGCUCAGAUAUAAGGUCAAACGCGAUCAAAUGGCUCUCUGGAGACAGACAGAUGCCAUCACCGAUCUCCAGUCAGUUGUGAGAAGAAAUAGAGUGUAUCAAUACUCUCGUGUGGUUUUACCACAUCUUUCUAGCAUUGAAGAACUGGUUGUGUCGUUGCAGUCUCUCUGUCGUGGGUAUUUGGCCAAAAACUCCACCAGAUACAUCGGUACAUCUCUCUCGAAGGAUGCUGCCUUGAUCCAAUUCCAGGCAGUUUUGCGUGGUGCAAUUGUCAGAGGAUCCAUCGAAAAGAAAAGAAAGGCAGUGGGAAUUCACCUUCCAGGGCUUCUAGAACUUCAGAGCAUUGCAAGAGGUGGAAUUUCCAGAUCUCAGCUCUGUAAUGACGUGCUCUUGACCCUUCUCUACGAAGAUCAAGUGUUAAAUGAGCUCUACGCGAAGAUCAGAGCCAACAAGCUCAGAAAGCAAGUCCAAAGAACCAAAUUUGCUUUGGAGUUUUACGAGCAAAAGGCCAUCGUUCCAGUACAAACCUUGUUCAGAGGCGUUUUGACCAGAUUCAAGAAAGAAAUCAUGCUUGACGACAUGUAUCAAGAAGUGGACAGUCUCAUUCUGUUCCAGUCAAUCAUAAGAGGAAACAGAAUACGGUACAAUUACAGAGAAAUGAUCAUUUACUACCAUUACAACAUUGAGAAGGUGAUCAAAGCUCAGUCCAUUUUCAGAUCAAAGAUCACCCAACACGCAUACCAUUCUCUUGUUAAUCUGAAAAAUCCUUCGUUGGGCACUAUCUCCAAAUUUGCGUAUCUUUUGACUGAUAACGAUAUCGACUACAGGGAAGAAAUAGAGUUGUCGGAUCUCAAAGACAGAAUCAUCGAAAGCUCGAAGACAAAUGAAGAUUUGGAGAAUCAAAUCGAAAGCUUGGACAUCAAACUUGGAUUGCUUGACAAAAACAAAAUCACCAUUGAAGAAUUCAUGAAGAACAAGAAGAAACCCGCUCUUGGUGGACCCUCGACUUCCCUUGAUAUGGGUGCCAAAACUAUGGACAAACUUAAUAAGAACUCGAGACAACGGAUUGAAUUGUACCAAUCGAUGUUCUACCUUCUCCAGACAAAACCAGCUUAUUUCAUAAGGCUUUUCAAGGCACUUGGUGGCCCUACAAAUGCAGAUGAAGAAAGUAGCAAGACGUUGAAGGAUCUCCAGUCUAUAAUCUUGCUGAUUUUCCCCAUCACCGAUCUUUCUGUCAAUGAACACUCCAGAGAAGAAUACUUCUUCAUCAAAUUCAUCCUCGAUUUGAUGAAGUAUGAUAUUGAGAAUAAUUGCCCAUUAAUCACCGAGAUCACAAAGGCCCAGUCGUGCCACUGGAUUGAAUACUUUUUGAACUUUAACAACCACACCUAUCAAAGACAACACUUGAAGAGCUUAACCGGAGGAGUGAUUGACCAUAUUAUUGAAAAUGAGGAGCUUAGCUUCGAGUCUGAUCCCUGUGAAAUCUACGCUGAAAUUGCUAACAAAGAAAUUAAGGUCGAUGGAUACACUUCCAAGAACAUGGAGGGAAUUACUCCCCAGGUUGCCAUCAAAACUCCUGAAGUAUCGAGCCAAUUUAUUGAAAACUUGAUGAAUUUGAGAGAAAUCUCCACCGAUUUCCUCAACAUAUUGGAUCAGAAUAUCUCCAAAAUUCCCUUGCACGUGAGAUUGAUUUGCAACCAGUGCUACAAGUUGUCCAAGAUCCAAUUCCCAAGCAAGCCAAAUCAGCAACAUUUGGCAGUUGCUGGAGUGGUAUUCAUAAAGCACUACAUCUCCAAUAUUCUUCAAUAUCCUGAAAAUUUCGGGUACUUAGUUAGGGAUCCAUUCAAUCCAUCUAUCAUCAACUCGUUCAAGUGCGGAAAGAACUUGAAAUCGUUGGCCCGUGUGUUGCUCCAGCUCUUUUCCCUCAAGCCAUUUAGUGACAACUUCUUGAAGCCAUUAAAUGACUACUUGACUAGCUCCAGUGACAUUACCAAGCUGAUCAUCUCCCGCUUGAUAGAUGUGGAUGGUCUUGAACAAGAGUACCAGAUGAAUGAUUAUAAUGACAUUAUCAACCACGCCCGUCCUUCGUUGACUAUGAAUGUGUCGAAGAUGAUCGAAGUUGAGAAGUUUAUUAGUGAAAGAAUUGACAUCAUGGCACCCUCGUCUGAUGACCAGCUAUUUGCCAAUAUCACCACCUUGAACAACACCUUGAACACUCUAGAUGACUACAUGACCUUGACCGAGUUUGGUUCUAUCACCUUGAAUCUUAAUCCCACCACAAAGGAAGAUUCUCUAGCCGACUCAAAAUACAGAUCCAUGUUGACACAAGUUAAGAGGUGCGUCAUUUACAUCAUUCGAAUCCAGCAAGGAGAAAACCUUUUGGAGCUUCUCAUUUCAGGUAUUCAGGACCAGCAUGAACAAAAGUUCAAGGAGAUAGUAUCGACCGAAAAGAAGGAAAUCCAACAGUCGAAGAGCAAUGAGAAGAAGAAUCCCUACUACCGUACCUCUUUGGGUGACUUGUCUCUGAUCACCUACCAUGAAUUGAAAAAGAUGGCCUUGAACUUGAUUAUCAAGUUGGAAACCGAAGGACAUGUUACCAGAAAAAAUUGUUACCAAGAUAUUCUUAACAACAUUGCCAUCGAUAUCAAGACCAAGGAUUCGCAAAGAUCCAGCAGAAAGUCCCAGUUGGAGAUCACCCUCAAAGCAAUUGAAAAGUUGUCGGAUAAACAAAAGUUCCUUAGAAAGCAGUUAUCCGAUUACAACAACCACAUUGAGAAGAUUUUAUCGCAGUUGCAAUCCAAGCCCAAGGACAGGAAGAUCUUCAACAUCAUUCCCGUAUUCAGCAAGCAGUACUUCUACCACAGAGAAUUGAGAAAGAGAAACAGGUUGCCCAAGUUUGGCUCCUACAAGUACUCUGCCAAAAAGCUCAUGGAUCAAGGUAUCUUGCUCGACUUUGGAGGGGUCAACUUUGGCUCCAGCAAGUUGGAUCUCAUGUUCAGUUGUAACGAGGUCGGUAAGUUUAUUGUCGAGGUGGCCACCGGAGGCUCGGUUUCGCUUCCAGGAGCAUUCAAUGUCAUCACUUUGGAUGAAUUGUUGAACAUACAAUAUGAAGGCACCGAAAAGAUCGAGAUGUUUGAUGAUUUGCAUAUGGUAUUCCGCAGUGAAACCUUGAUAAGCUUCAUUUUCAGGAAGUUUUACGAUAUUCAUUAGAUAAAAGAGAUAGUGUGAUUCCAAUAAAUAUCAUUUAGAACUAGAA